AUGUCGUUUAUCCGAGCAGGAAGCGCUGCCUGCUUCAGGGCGGGCAGGAUUGUCGCCCCCGUUAAUGUCCGUUUUACUUCGAACGUCUCUCGUGCCCCCGGUGAUCCGCCUGUCAAGACGAGUCCCUCCGCCGCGCCGACUGUCCCUCCCAAGGAGAGUUCGUUGAUCAACCAGGAGACCCCUGCUGAGGCCAUGGCUCGUCACCAGCCAGACUAUGACGCUACCAUUGACCACGGCACCUCGCAAUUCUCCCCUGUGCCCAAGCGCGUGAUGGACGGCAGUGAACCUGGUGAGACCGUUCCUGCUGCUAUCCUCUCCGGCGCUCCCACGGAUCUUCAGGCUCGGACCGUCAGAAUCUACCGCCCCACGAAGCCUGCUACACAGUCCGGAAACUGGCACAGCCACCACUGGCGAAUGGAUUGGGAUAUUUUGCAAAGGGGUCACCGGUGGGAGAACCCGCUUAUUGGGUGGCAGUCGUCUGCAGAUGGCAUGCAGGGUACCCACUUGAAGUUCAAGACCAAGGACGAUGCCGUCAAGUUUGCCCAGAAGCAGGGCUAUGAAUACUUCGUGCAGGAGCCUAAUGACCGCCGGUUUGUUCCUAAGUCCUACGCGAACAACUUCUCGCACUCGCCCGGCAAGCUCAAGCACAUCAAGACCAAAUAA